AUGGCAACCACCCAAACAGCGACUUUCAAUCCCGGCAACGUCUUCGCGCCUCGAUCCACGACAGCCACGAACGCACCUUCAGCACCCUCAAAAAGAGUACGACCAUACAGAGACUUCCUCACUCCUGCCCUCCACCGCCGCUUCAGCUAUGCGGCAGCCCUCGUCUUCGCGGUAUGCUACAUCGAAAGCAUCCUCAUGCACUCCCCAGGUCUGCUCUGGAUCUGGAACCCCAUCUCGGCCACGGGCAUCAGAGCAGUGCUCUUAUUCCUGUCUUGCUUAGCGGUCUUCAUCGUCCGCGUGGCCAACUUGCACUGCGGAGAGCUCAUAACCUCAUUUCCGGCGAGCAGCAUCUACACCAACAUCCUGCGAUGGAAGGGGCUACACACACUUGGAUGGUACCUCUACAGUGCCUUCUUCUUCGGCGAGGUGUACAUAUGGUCGCGGGAAAAGACGGCACAUCUGGGGUGGGUGGACGAGGGCCGUGAGGGUGAAUGGUCGCUCGUGAACGAGAACCCAAUCUUCUUAAGAGCACUCUUCUACUGCCUGGCCGUCGCGCAGACGGCGGUACACCUCAGCAAGGACUACGAUCGAGUUCCUAUGUCUGCGAGCAAGAAGACAGCCCCCACGCAAACCCAGCAGCCCGCCUCGGUCGUACCUGCCUCCAUCAACGAGCUCCGAGAUUAUCUCCCCACAAUUCUGACCAGGACCGCGAGGCUCGUCCUGCCAGGCCUGGCUUUCACCAUCCCGCUCUACUUCGUCUUCCUCCGUUCUCUCAUCUGGCCUUACUUCUACGCAAGUGCGCAUACGCUCUUUUCCAGACUGGCCACGCAGACGCGACCGACUGGAUUGUCGCACAUGCCUUGGCUUGUUUGGCAAUGUUGCACUUCCUCUGGCAUGCUGGUGUUAUUGUGGGAGCUCAGCAGUGCGGCCUUCACCAUCUACGUAGCGCAACCACCUCUUGGAAAGACCGAGACCGAGCCACUCACUGGUCUGGUUGCCACUGGCGAAAAGAGCAAGGAUCCGAACGAAAGCUUGAUCUCUGGGCUGAGUAGCAAGAAGGAGACACCAAAAGCCUUCGCGUUCUGGGAGCUGAGCGUCAUUUGUGCUCAGUUCGACAUUCGGCGGAAAACGAUCUACGCAGAAGUUGACCGUGCCGGUGGCAGUACAUGGACGCAGAUCAGCAAGUUGUGCCUGGAUGAGAUCACAGCAGUUCAGGCCCGGAUCAAAGAUGCUCAAGCACCGGCCCAAGCGACUGCCAGCUCGACUCAGCAACCAGCUCCACAGCAACUUCAAAACUUCGGUCUACCGAGGAUAGCAGAUCGCACCGUGCAGAAUGGCGAUGUCUGGACCAAGCCGUCGACAGAUCUCGUCCAUACUGUUGGGAAAAUGGCCAAGUCCGUAGGCCAGCAUCCAGGCAAUGACAGUCCACUCGCGCCGCGGGCAAGACAGGCUAUCGAAUGGAGCACAGAUCAUAUGCUUAACAAAGACGCUCAAGCGCGCCUCAACAUUAGGCAGAAUGCGCCAGGCUGGAUUACCGAGCUCCUCAAAUCUCCCAUUGGCGAACCAUUCAGGUCGACUUUCGCAAACCAGGUUAAAGGUGUUAUCUUUGGCACGCCAUACUCUAAGAGAAUCACCAUCAUGCACGCCUCGCAUGCUCUCAGUACGCUUUGCUCUUGCUCGCUCAAGGAAGACGACUAUGGGCAGGUUGCAAAGUCGGUUGCGCUGAUCAUCAGGACGUACGUUGAGACGAUCAAGGCUAUUGAGACUUUCGUUCAGAGCACGGCGCCAGACAGGACAGAUGUGUACUUCACCGACAGCGAUCGCAAGGUCGUCGAGGUGGAAGAGCUGGUGGGUGCGCUGAAGCAAGGCCUGGAAGAAGUGGUCCUUGUGUUCGGCGAGUAUGCCAGCUCUGUCGGCGUGACUAAGAAGGAACUGCGAGAGGCGAAGGAUCUGGUGGGGAGAGGGCAGCAGGCGGCGGUGCCGUGA